AUGUCCGAGACCUACAAAAAGGCCAUACUUCGACAUCGAGCAAAGCGUCUUGAUUCGGCAGAUGUUUCAGAUGUUUCCCAGAUGGGAAUUUCGAAUUACGCUUUGGUCAAGGCUUGGGUGUACAUUACAAUGUUCCGGCCGGUCAUUAUGCUGGUAUCCGAGCCCAUUGUUACGUUGUUCAGCCUCUACAUUGCGCUUACCUUCGGAAUCCUCUACAACUUCUUUGCUGCACUACCGUUUAUCUUUAGGACAGUCUAUCGCUUUGACCAGGGCGACAUCGGUCUGGCCUUCGUUCCUAUCUGCGUUGGCUGCUGUCUGGCCAUUGUCACCACUAUUCUCAUCGAUCGCCAUUGGUACCACAAGCAGAUCGAAGGACAACAGGAAUGUGAGGACAGUGUACCCCCCGAGAGGAGGCUCUAUGCUGCCAUGUUUGGAAGCUUAGGACCUCCUAUAUCCCUCUUUUGGUUUGCGUGGACCGCACGUGCCAAUGUCCAUUGGAUGAGUCCAGUGAUUGCUACUAUGCCGUUUGCUUGGGGAAAUGUGUGCUUAGUUGCAACUACAACAGUGUAUUUACUUGAUUGCUAUGGGCCCAAACUAGGCGCAUCCGCCAUGUCCGCAGGCGCUUUCACACGCUACGCAUUCGCGGCCGCUUUCCCUCUAUUCACUCUUCAGAGUUAG